AUGUGGGCAGGCCGCGCAUGGGAGCUCGUCCUAGAUACGGCCAAGGCCAUUGGGAAGGCUCUCGUGUGGACUUUUGAUCAGGUCAAGUUCGGCUUCAACGCCAUCAUCGAGCUCGUCGGGCUCAUCGCCAACUGGGGCUUUGUCAAGGAUUGGUCCAACUCGAUCGGGGCCUGUGUCAAUGCCGGCCUCGACGUUGCUGGCGACAGGAUGGCCAAUUCCAUCCGCAGCGUACUCCCCGGCUUCCUUAAAAAAGUAGAAGACGGAUCCCAGCAGGCAGCAGAAGAGGGCCCCAAGGAUCAUGACGCCGCAAAGAAGUCAUCCACACCCACCAAUUCAGCCAGCAUCAGCCAAAACUGGGCCUUGGACCAGUUCCAACACGGUGGCGGUCUUGAUUCUCUCAAGGACAGCGGAAGCUCGCAAGGGUUGAACACGGCAAACUCCAACCUAGACGGCAUCUCACCCUUCCUGACUGAAGCCAUUGACGAGAUCAAGACAAUCAUCAACGCGUUGGGAGAUCUGGCUAAGACUCUUGGAAACGAUAUCUGGGGUCUCAUCAAAGGAAAAUGCAGCUUUGAGACGUUCAUGAAGCGAGUGGGCAAGGACAUCGCCGACUUUGUCCUCGAGGCCCUCCGAAAGAUAGCAAUCCACAUCAACGACAAGAUCAGCCACGCCGCGCGGAGCCUUAAGAGCCUACUCAACCGGAAGCUUUAUCUUCCAAUCUUUUCCUACCUAUGGGAGAAGCUCACCGGACAGGACCUCACCCUUCUCACUCUUGUCUCUCUGCUCGUCGGCUGGCCAGCGGUCGCUUUACACAGAGCCAGCCUGGGUGACAGGGCCAUAGCACCCAAGUGGGAAGGCCACCUCAACAAGGGCAACUUUGAGCACUUGGCCAACAACAGAGUCCCCUGGGCUGACGCUGUCCGCACCGUCAAGCCCUUCUUUGAGAGUGUACAGCUUGCCACGUCGGUCCUGGAUGCCAUAACUAGCUCCUGGGACUAUACCUUUGAUGGCGUUGGCCUCGGCGCCUACUCGACAGAGAUUGGUAUCAUCAACGGCGCGGUAGCGGCCAUCAACAUCCUUGUCAACCUGCCUCUGCCAUCUGAUCGUAGUGGCGUCCCUGGAAUCCCUCACCACAUUAUUUCAUGUUUGAAUGGCUCUACCACCGUGGUAGAUUUGAUCUUCAAGGUACUCAAGUGGAAAAAGGUGAUAAAACCCGCCAUGGCCCGUCAUUUCACAACUACAUGGAAGGUCGCCGUGGGUCUCGUCAUCUUUGGCAACGAGGUUUUUGUCGAAGGCUGGCUCAUAACGCGUCACGGACGAGCUGACCGUAUGUACGUCGGUAUCCAGUAUGAGGUCUUCAAGCUUAUCGGCGCGGGCCUGAGCUCCGUGUCGGCAUGGACGAUGGAUAAUCAGCCCCAUGUCGCACUGGCAGCAGAAGUUGGCAAGCUAGGGUACACAAGCAUACACACGGCUCUCCAGACCCUGUUGAUUGCGUACCGAAAUGACGGCGUCAACCUCACGGCCGUGAAUGGCGUCUCUGGUGUGCAGGUCAUGAUCAAGGGCAGAGGCAACGUGACGCAAUUGAUGAUGAUCCCGGACCGCCAGUGGGUGGCAGAUGUUUCUGGUCCCGAGUUUGCAGAGCUGGUAUUCGGGCAUGGUUUUUCAGAGAAGAAGCAACUAGAGCUUCCAAUUCUGAGAAAGGAGCUAGGAUUCCCAUGCUGA